UCUAUCCCGUCUUGUUUUGGGGAGACUAACGUUGUUCUUCUGAGCAUUGUGGGAUCUGUUUUAUGUUGUUGUUGUCGAGAGAGACGGACCCUUACUCCAGCAUGCUCACUGAGCCUGAGCUACCUCAGGAGUGUAACAGGAUGUCUUCCAAGCGACCAGCCUCUCCAUAUGGGGGGACAGAUGGAGAGGUAACCAUGGCAACCAGCAGACAGCGAAUUGAGGAUGAGGAGAGCGAGGGACUGGGCGGUGUCAUCCACCUCCCCCUGGCCUCCUACUGCGGCAAGGUGUCCCCUCGCUCGCCCCCCAACCGCAACUUGGACAGCCCCCCAAACAUGGAGCAGGAUGGCACUAAGGGGAGCUCUCUGAGUCCUUACCCCCAGCACAUUGCUACCUCACCGGGCAAAGAGGAGGGUGGAGGCGGGGGUCGGCCCUGCAGCGACGGGGGCUCGGCCACGGGGACCCUGGGGACCCCCGAGAGACGCAAGGGCAGCCUGGCAGACGUGGUGGACACACUGAAACAGCGCAAGAUGGAGGAGCUGAUCAAGAACGAGCCAGAAGAGGCUCCCAGCAUUGAGAGGCUGUUGUCAAAGGACUGGAAGGAUAAACUUUUGGCCAUGGGCUCAGGGCACAUCGGAGAAAUUAAAGGUACCCCAGACAGCCUGGCGGAGAAAGAGCGCCAGCUCAUGGGCAUGAUUGGCCAGUUGAGCAGCCUGAGGGAGCAGCUCCUGGCGGCCCACGAAGAGCAGAAGAAGCUGGCCGCCUCGCAGAUGGAGAAGCAGAGGCAGCAGAUGGAGCUGGCCAAGCAGCAGCAGGACCAGAUUGCCCGGCAACAGCAGCAGCUUCUGCAGCAGCAACACAAAAUCAACCUCCUGCAGCAACAAAUCCAGCAGGUCCAGGGCCAACUCCCUCCGCUGAUGAUUCCCGUCUUUCCUCCGGACCAGAGGACUCUGGCGGCGGCUGCAGCCCAGCAGGGCUUCCUCAUGCCCCCUGGCUUCAACUACAAGCCUGGCUGCAGUGACCCAUACCCUCUUCAGCUCAUCCCCACAACAAUGGCUGCUGCUGCUGCUGCCACACCAGGCCUGGGACCCCUACAACUCCAGCAGUUGUAUGCAGCUCAGCUGGCGGCCAUGCAGGUUUCCCCGGGGGCCAAGCAACACGGAGGCAGCCUGCAGUCCCAAGCCAACAUGGGCACACACUCCCCACCCACCAACACACACUCACAGAGCGACAAGGGCCGCAGCUCCCCGCCAUCAAACAAGACCAAGGACAGUGAGGGUGCACAGCCACUGAACCUGUCGGCCAAGCCUAAGGCAUCCGAGAGCAAGUCACCCAACUCCCCCCCAACUUCCCCACAGGUCCCUGCUGCUGCUGCCGCCACCAAGCUGGGCCAUGCCGGCUCCAUGAAGCACAGUGUCGCCCCCUCCAGCAUCGGAGGACCACCAGCCCGAGUCAGCUCAAUAGCAGACUUGUUGACGUCGCUGUCCUCGACCGCCUACCUGAACGACCACGAGGCGGUGACCAAGGCCUUCGCCGAGGCCCGGCAGAUGAAGGAGCAGCUGAAGAGAGAGCAGCAGGUCCUGGACGCCAAGGUCGCCGCUGUCAGCAACCUCGGCCUCAACAAUGGACGCUCGGACAAGGACAAGGCUGCCUUGGAGAGUCUGAGUCAACAGCUGAAGCAGCAGGCGGAGGACAAGUUCAGCCACGCCAUGCUGGACUUCACCAUGAGCGGAGACUCUGACGGCUCCCCCAGCGUGUCAGACUCCAGAAUAUUUCGGGAGGCUCGGGGUCGUGGCAGCGCUGAGCCGCACAUCAAGCGGCCGAUGAACGCCUUCAUGGUUUGGGCCAAGGACGAGAGGAGAAAGAUUCUCCAGGCCUUCCCCGACAUGCACAACUCCAACAUCAGCAAGAUCCUCGGCUCCCGCUGGAAAGCCAUGACCAACCUGGAGAAGCAGCCCUACUACGAGGAGCAGGCUCGCCUCAGCAAGCAGCACCUGGAAAAAUACCCAGACUAUAAGUACAAGCCGCGACCCAAACGCACCUGCCUGGUGGACGGCAAGAAGCUGCGCAUCGGCGAGUACAAGGCCAUCAUGAGGUCCCGUAGACAGGAAAUGAGACAAUACUUCAGCGUGGGGCAGCAGGGCCAGUUGCCCCUGUCCUCUGCGGGCGUGGUUUACCCAGGUGCCCUGUCCAUGGCAGGAAUGCCCUCACCCCAGAUGCCCUCAGAGCAUUCGAGCAUGUCCAGCAGCCCCGAGCCCAACGCCAACCACCAUCACCAGAACCCACACAUGCCCGGCCUGAAGGGGGACGAGCCACGAAUCAAGGAGGAGGCGCUACGGCUGGACGACAGCAAUGGCGACGUGUACGACGACUUCGACUAUGAGGACGAAGAGGCCGAUUAUGCCAGCGAUAAUGACAACCAUAUCACCCAGUAGGACGGCGUGAGAGUCGCCUUUUUUUAAGCCAAUCACAGCUGGUUAAUCCCACACAAUCCCAAACCCACCAAUCAGGAAGAAAACUUUCUCUUUUGCCAAUCACCUUCAGUCCCAAUCUCACAAACCCCACCAUAUCUCCCCCUCCUGACUAACAUGGACUCUUUUAACAGAGCCAACCCCCUCCCACUGGAGUCCUGAUACCAGCAUCUGAUCAAUCAACUGAAGCACAGGACCUGUCACUCACACUGACUGUUACACAAACUGGAGUCUGGGAGGAAGAGGCGACCUAACCAGCUCUGAUGUUUGCUGAGGAAUAUUCAAGUACUACUGCAAGAGUGUAAUGCCACGAGUGAGGAGAAAUAAAAAUCACACUCAGAAAGCAAACUUUUAGGCCCGUUUGUAGAGGAGGAGACAUUUUACAAUGACAGACGGACCAGUGGACCUGUCAAAGGCUACCAGAUGACACUUUAAGAUGGCGGACCUGUUUAUUAUCAAGAGACACUUUUAAAAAAAAAAAAACAGCUUUUUUUGUUCUUUGGUUCUAUAAUAUUCUCACUCAGGUACACGGUGCCAAUAAGUGGCUUGUGAAUGUGAUUUGUUGUUUUUGUGCUACAAGUUUGAAUAAUAAUAGAAAAAAAGAGACAUUUCUUUUUUUCCCCUUUUUGUUGUAAAGCACCUGAAAGACAUCAGACAUGUUUAUUUUUAACGAGAACAUAUCUUUUCUUCGACCUCGCAGUGUGCUGUCAGCGGUUCGCCCCUUUUUUCUCCCCUGUUUUUGUGACAGCCCACUCUCCCCAUUUGAAAUUUGAUGGGACGGUCCAUCCAGGACUGACCAGUGCAGCGUGGACCGUCCCACUUAAGCAGGAUUUUUUUUUCAGGGGGGGAGAAGGGGAGUCUCUCUGGCGUCACGGAGCAGAAACGAAAGCACUGUGUUGUGAGACAAUCCACCAGUUUUCUUCCCGCUCCGUCCCUCUAUCUUGAUCUCAUCCUGGACAAAACAUCAGUACAACUUAGCGUGAAACAUCCGACAGUGCGAGUGUGUGUCAGCGUGUGCUGUGUGUGUACUCCUUUAUUGGGCUUUUGCACAUGUGUGUAAAAUCUAGCUCUUCUUUUUCAGUGCGAGAAAAAGGCUUAAAACGGCUAGAUUACAGAAAGACAGGCAACUUAACACUGCUGCUGUAAUUUACUGUACCACACUCUAUCACACACACUCUCACACACCCACCUGUUGUUCUGUCCCUCAGCGUUUUCCUGCUUUCUCCAAUAAACAUCGUCCUGCUGUCCCCCAGUGGGCGGAGCCGAGGUGAA